GGUCAGGUAUUUUUCUAUCCGGUUGAAUUCGUCUCCUGGGGUGCGAUCGAAAUGCUAUAAAUCACUUCGCAGUAUUCAAUCUUGCUCGAUUGCCGACAGCGAUAGCUAGCUAAGGAGAGUCCACCGGAUCCAUUUGAAAUGAAGAAACCGCCACUCGUAGUGAAAUAGAGAGAAAUAAAAACGCCCUAAUCAAAUCAGUGCAGACAGUGAAACUUGCCGAAAUUGCGGCGAAACAAUAGUGUGCAUAAAUAACGCAACGGUAUGAAAGUGGGUGGCAGAAGAAAAAUGGCCCCCGGAAGGUUGCUUCCCUUGCUCCUGCUGGGGAUGUUAUACUACAGCAGCGCUGGUGCAGUUGUUCCUUCACCGUCGGCUGGUGCUGCCGUGGACGAAGACAUUUCAGCGGAACAGGUUUUGAACAAGGAUUUCGUCGGAAAGAAAAUUCUACCGGACCUCAGCGAUGUCAAGCUGGAUGCGGUUCCCGAGCCGCAUCGAGGCGCGGCCAAGCAGUUUAAGGCACUGUGGGAUGAAUACCUCACCGGAGCCAAGGAGUAUAAUGUAGUUAAAGAUAUUCCAUUCACGUUGAUUGUUCCCGAUCGGAUCGAUCGGUUGACGUUCAAAGGCAGUGAGUCGCGUGCUCAGGAAUUCCUGCUGGAGCACGUCAUCCCCGGGGCACUGAUGGAGAUGAAAGAUCACAAUAUUUACGGCAAUAUGAACCGGCACUCGGUAGGUGUAAAUUUGACCUGCAUCAACAUGCUGAUGGGCUACGUGCUGCAGUACAUGAGCCAACAGGAGACAAAGUACGCGGCCCGGCACAAUGUCAGCGAUACGCUGACCAUGGUCUUCAUCGAGGGAAAUCUCACCGAGAACAAGGCGGUCAACAUAAACAAGCUGAACAAGCGGAACAUUCAGGAAAACAACCGGUACAAUGAGCCCCAGCGAUUGGAAAUGAAGAAUGCUACCAAAGAACUGGCGGCCAUCAAGGAAAACCGAAUCGGACAACAUCUGAUGAACUUUUUGGCAAGCAUGAAGUCCGGAGCCAAAGUUUUUCAGCACUUCCUAUCCAAUAGCAAUUUGAGUCAACUGCUGGAUGACAGUUCUUACAUGGUACUAAUUCCAUCGGAUACCGCCUUCCAGCGAUGGCAUCCAAUUGACUGGGGUUUCUAUCCGUUCAGUGUGCAGGAAUUUACCGAAAGCGUUUUGCGGAAUCACUUCAUUCGAGUGCGACAGCCCCUCCGGAUGGCUGAUCUGCGGACGAUGUCUACGGAACAACGGUUCAAAACUCUCGGCGGGGAGUAUGUAGUACUUAAGGGCAGACCUUCUCCAACGGUAAACAAUGUGUCCAUCCUCUACGACUAUACGCUUUCCAAUGGAGUUGAAGUGUUUGUAAUAUCUGAAGUACUGUUUGUCUCGGAGGCGGUCGUGUCACGAUUACAUCAGAUGCACAAAGAUAAGGAAACUCCGCCACUCUUGGCAUUCCCUUGGUUCGGCGCACAAUUUCUGUCCCAUUCAUUUUUAGCACUGGAACGCGACAAUCGUUUCACGCAAAUCACACGUUUUCUCAACACAGCAGAGAUCGCCCAGUACAUAUCCGGUUCCAACUACACUUUCUUUGUACCGACAGACGAAGCCUUCGAGCGAUACAGUUUCGACAUUCUACCAGACAAUGUACUAGCGUCGGAAAAAGGAGUCAAACUGCUGUUGAAUCACUUUAUCAAAGGCCGCCUGUACGAUCGGGACUUGAAGGACGGCGAAGUGCUGGAAACAAUCGGAGGCUUCCCGGUAAAGAUUCACCGGACAUUCGAUAACAACGUGACUGUGAACAGCGCCAAAAUAAUCGAAUCCGAAGUAUUCGUCUACAACCUGGGAACGAUGUUCUACGUAAAUGACGUCCUCUACCCGGAACAGCUCAAGGAAGAAGUGACAGUCAUUACCGAAAUGAGAAACCCGGAUAAGAACAUCCCACCGGAGGACAUCGGGGACGUCUACACAACCGAACGCAGUCCUGCAGAACAUCCGGCAUCGGCGACAACAACGAUAAAUCGGAUACACUUCACUACGAGUGCCGACGUGGAGAUUGUGCCAUUGGAAAUAACCGAACCCAAUGGAAAUGAGGAUGACGUUUUGCUGCGUGAGGACGAAAUCAUUACGCCCAAAGCGUUGCCGGUGAAGUACUACUUUGCGCCAAAGAAAUAAGCAUCAUUGUUUUGGCUCAAAUAUUGCAAUAAGGGGAAAGCUUUACUGUAAGUUGUGCUGUCUGAGGCGGUCUAACCGAACACACUAGUUAUGGCUAUUUAUUUCCAAAAAAAAAGAUGUCAACUAAUGAAAGUGUCCGCGACACUUACGUGUAUGUUUGUUAACUCCUGAAAGAAACAGGAAGUCAUAUUUUAAACAUACCACAAGCUAGCUUUUGAAGACUCUUUCGUAAGCUAGGAAGAAUUUACAAACCUGCUGAAAAAUCAAUUAUGGAAUAGUCUUCCUGGAAUUAUACACGCGCAAACAGUAGGAUGGCAGCUGCUCAAAAUUAAUCGACAAAAACAAAAUAGCUUAAGCACCGUCAUAGCAUAUAGAAAUUGUCGCUGACACCAUAUCCAGCAUAUGCAAGACUUUAAACCAGAAAAUUAACAAAAUAAACAAAUAAGUUGUAUGUCCCUGUGGGUUGUGCAAGUUGUUGACGUAGGACUGUGUUACAUUAUAUAUCAGUUUAAUAAAUUGUUUGGUUCAAUUAUUAUUUGAUUUUGAUUGGUGCAUUUUUUUUUGUUUCGUUCGAUCCGUCAGCCAUCGUGAGAUAUAGUGCAGCAAUCGAUUACAACAGUCUUUAUAGUGAUAACACUGUGCUUCAAAAAACUGCUAUUGCUUUCGUCAACUUAUAACUUCGGGUGAAAAACGAAAGAAAUCCCCAACUAGCUAUGACUCAUUGUAAGA